UAUAUCUAGCCAACAACUUGUCAAUGUGGAAUCGGGCGGUGCCGAGCGAUUUUGUACCUCCUUUUUCUUCAAUUGACCAUCCAUAAUCUGAGGGUCGUCAAUCAACAGUUAGAUCCAAGCCAGUCAUGUCCAGGUAAACACACCAUCGUAUUUUCAGGGGAGAUUCCGACGGGACGGUGCGAGGUUGAUCGACAUGGCGCCACGAUGGGACAAACUCUCACUAAUUCUGGCACAUCUCUCACUAAUCGCGGCUUUGCUUGUCUUCGCAAAGGGUUUCUUCCCUCACAAGGCUUUUCUGCCGGGACUGGCAACGUGGCCCAACGAUUAUGGGUCCUCAGCAAGAGAUGCUCCUUUUGACCGCGUCAUCUUCAUGGUGGUUGAUGCCCUUCGGAGUGAUUUUGUCUAUGGAAACUCUUCAAGCUUCAGCUUCACUCAGGGCCUGAUCAGAUCUGGUGCCGCCGUACCGUUCACAGGCCAUGCAAGCCCACCCACCAUCACCAUGCCCAGAGUCAAAGCCAUUACCACCGGUUCCGUUCCUAGCUUCGUGGACCUGGUACUCAACUUCGCCGAGUCAGAUACAACCUCUACUCUAGAAACUCAGGACUCUUGGCUGGCACAAUUGAGGGCAAGGGGUGGCAAGCUGGUCAUGUAUGGAGACGACACCUGGCUUAGACUCUUUCCCGGUUUCUUUGAACGCGCAGAUGGCACCACUAGUUUCUUCGUGUCUGACUUUACCGAAGUUGACAACAAUGUCACUCGCCACAUCGAUGAUGAACUUGAGAGAGACGACUGGGCCGCAAUGACGCUUCACUUCCUCGGCCUCGAUCACAUCGGGCACAAGACAGGGCCAAAAGGGCCGAUGAUGCCUACCAAGCAAGCCGAAAUGGAUGGCGUUGUCGAAUCCAUCUACACCGCCAUGGAACAAAAUUCUCAUCUCAAGUCCUGCCUUCUUGUCCUUCUGGGUGACCAUGGAAUGAAUGAAGGUGGCAAUCACGGAGCUUCAUCACCGGGAGAGGUUUCCACAGCUCUUACCUUCAUAUCACCUAAACUCAAGUCAGCAUAUGAAGGUCAAGCAAGCCCCGUCACCAACGCCCAAGACUACAGAUACUACGAUGUGGUCCAACAGUCAGAUAUUGCCCCAACUCUGGCCUCUUUACUAGGAUUUCCCAUUCCAUUGAACAACCUCGGCGUCAUCAUUUCGCGUCUCCUUGAGCUCUGGACCAUUCCCAAAGAUCAGUACGAUCUUCUGUAUGAGAAUGCCGAGCAGAUCCACCGAAUUGCAGAGGCCACUUUCCCUACCGAGUUUGCUGCCCAGGCCACUGCAUCAGGUUGCUCAACCUCCGCAGGGGAUGAUGCUGCUAUCUUGGCCUGCCUCUGGCGGCAGAUCGUGGAAGGCCGGCAUAGUGUCGGAUCCGAGAUAUCGACAGAGAGACUCGACGAACUGAACCAAUUCCUGCGCGGGGCGCAGAGUCUGUUGAGUGGAGCCGCAAGCAACUAUGGCCUUGUGAGCAUGCAGAUUGGGAUCGCUCUGGCCGCUGUGUCACUCCUUCUAUGUGUGCCUUCUUUCACCCAUGGUGCCUUGCAAGCGGGAUUCGAUGGCGUCUUUUUGAUAUUUAUCAUGCUCAUGUACGCAAUUACCAUGUUUGCCAGCAGCUACGUCGAAGAAGAGCAUCAGUUCUGGUAUUGGACAUUGGGAGGCUGGCUACUCCUGCUCCACCUCAAGGACGGAAGAUACAAGACAACUGGACUGCCAUCGGGACAGAUAGCGACCUUUCUUGCCUAUCUGUUAUCAGGGGUUGUCCGCAGAUGGAGACAAACAGGACAGAAAUACGCAGGUGACCCAGAUUUCGUGACAGAGAUCAUGGCACCAAACUCGUGGUUCUUAUGGGUCCUGAUCAUGGUGACCUACACCAUCCCAUCGAGAAAUCUCAGCGCCAGAGCGGCCAAAUGGAUGGGUGGAAGACAGAUGGGACUGCUCCCUGUGCUGGUCACGGUGUCAGCCUUUGUCUUCAAAGUCGCUUUUACUGCCGCUGACGCACCAGAACUCCUGUACAAGAUCUCCUGGCUUCGUCCUUUGGUCGUUUUCGUCCGAGGCUACCCACUCGAAAAACUCGCUCAAGUGGUCUUCCUCGGGCUGACCCACCUGGGAGGGUGCUCCCUGUAUUAUGAAACACCAUGGAAGUCGAUCGAGCACUUGAAAUCAUGGCUGGCGAUUUUCCAAGAUAUCGUCACCAUUUUUCUGGUCACUCAAUCUCGCACCGUGGAUGUACCAAUGUAUCUUUUCUACAUGUUACAACUCAAAUUCCUUCAACGAGCUAGGCCACAUUCGGUGAGCGAGGUUACGGUCCUUGCUGUGCUGGUUCAAUAUGCCACCUUCUUCGCCUUUGGCGGUACGAAUUCCAUAGCGACGGUCGACCUGUCUAAUGCAUAUAACGGCAUCAGUGGAUACAAUGUCGUGGCAGUCGGGAUCUUGACUUUUGUCAGCAAUUGGACCGGUCCCAUAUGGUGGUCAUUUGCUGUUUGUCAGUUGUUUAGCGACGUCGAUUUGAAGAACGGCAACUGGAGGUUUUUGCUGACGACUCAAGCCACCUUUGCUGGUGUGCAUGUAUUGGCCGUCAUGGUCGCCUGCACGGUGCUUCGAGAGCAUCUUUUCAUAUGGACCGUCUUCUCGCCCAAGUAUCUGUAUACGGCCGCCUGGAUUAUCGGGCAGCAUACUUGUGUCAAUCUGGUGACAAUCGGUGGACUCUUGUGGUACAAUAUCAGCGAGAAAUAAAUGGCUAGCUUCCACUUGAGGCCACAUUCCACCAACACUCUUCUCAAUGCGUCGAUGAUGUCCCGUUAGCUUGGAUUUCCAACAAGAACCCGUCGAAGAAUUGGCCGACACCUUCAAUGUCGUCGAUUGAUAGAACUUUGGAGACAUCUGGGAAAGUCAGUAUGAGUUGAUGGCCAGACACGACAGAAACAUAGAUUGCUCACAUUGAUCUGGGCGCACAAUUACAAUAGCACCUUGCUCAGGGUCGAUUUUAAACGUCUCAUACGCUUUUCCAUCGCCUGAGUUGUAGCUCAUCUCAUCGAUGUACACCUUGUGAAGAUCUAG